UAGAUAGAUGUGGAGCUAAUGCAUUUAGCAUACAUCUUAGCAGACGUAUGAUCAUUCGUUUUGACGAUAUUUCUAAGAGCCGAGGAUAGAAAUAGGGCGAGCUAUAAGGGAACGUAGAGGGAACAUGGCUCUCUUGAUCAUGAGACCUUUAACAGGAAACCCCGAUUCCCCGAUGAUGAUGAAUACCGGCGAGAUUUCGGGCGUACCCCCGCCCCAGACCGCUCAACCAGAUCCAGACUCGCUCAAGAUGUUCGUUGGUCAGAUCCCCAAGGCAUACGAAGAAGAUAAACUGAGGGAGAUGUUCUCAGAGUUUGGUCCUGUAUAUGAACUCAACGUGCUCAGAGAUAAGAAGACAGGAGAAAGUAAAGGUUGCGCAUUUGUCACAUUCUAUUCUGGUGUCGUAGCAGAUAAAGCACAGAAAGAACUUCACAACAGAAAAGUUUUACCAGGGAUGAGACAUCCGAUUCAGAUGAAGCCAGCUGAUUGUGAAGGUAGGCACGAUGGAAACGACAAGGCGACAGGAUUCUCAGGAAUGGGUCUUAAUUCCCUUGCAGUUGAAGAAAGGAAACUGUUUGUGGGUAUGCUGUCAAAGAAAUGUGACGAGAGCGACGUCAGAAUAAUGUUCUCAGCGUUUGGUUCCAUCGAGGAAUGUCACAUACUACGAGAUCAGAUGGGAGGACACAAAGGAUGUGCCUUUGUUACAUAUGCCACCAGACAGAUGGCCCUUAAUUGCAUAAGAUCUAUGCACCAAUCAAGGAUAAUGGAUGGUUGUACAUCAAAGUUGGUAGUUAAGUUUGCAGACACACAGAAAGAGAAGGAACAGAAGAAGCUACAACAAAUGGCGCAACAGAUGUGCUACAACAAUCUAUUACAAAUGGCUUGCUUAGGAGGAGGAGGUGGUGGCGGCAUGAAUAACCAACCACCGCAGCAACAGAGCUCAGGACUCAACAACCCAUACUUAUUUCCUGAUGUUGUUAAUGCCCAAGCGAUGAAAGAACAAACGAUAGCUCAGAAUGCAUUCUUGCAGUUAGCCCAGCAAGCAGCAGCAGCAGGUGGUGGAGGAGGGACAGGAGGGAUGGGCAACGUCUCAAACCUUGCUAACCUACAACUACCAGGACAUGAAUAUUCAUCUUCCCCUGUAGGUCAAACAGCAUUGACGAUGCCCCAGCUAGCGGCGUUAGCAUCAGCGGUCAACCAACAGCAGAACAGUACGGGUGGUCAAGGCCAGAACGCUCUAGCUCAGAGCCAAGCAUUACUAGCAGCAGCACAAGGAAACAGCAUUAUGGGAGUCACACCCGGAUCAACAGGAGGGACUGCUACUACAGCUUCUACCAUGACACCGGCUGCUAAUACCAAUUCACUGGUUGCUGGGCUUACUGGCCUACAUAGCGGCCUACAUCAGAACCUACAGUCAAAUACAGGUCAUUCUGGAAUGGGGUCAAACCCAUCGCUAGGAGGAUACAGAGGAUUACCAAAAGCAAUGCCUUUCUUCUCAUCAGAUAAAAUAGGAGCAGGAACUAACACGACACAGAGUAUGACGGGACUAACAGCCGGACUACAAGGACUAGCAGGCACUGGGCUGCCGAGCAGUAUAGCCGGGGUCGGUAGUUUGGGCACGGCGGCCGGUUUGGCGGGCACAGGGCCCACAACUGCCCCCACAGCUAAUAUUGAUCUAACCGCCCUGACGCAAGCAUAUUCUGGAAUCCAGCAAUACACAGCGCAAUUUCCCAACGGUUUUGGUCCAAUCAACGCUUUCCAACAACAACAGCAACAGCAACAGGCAGGAAUAGCGGGCCAAAAGCAAAAAGAAGGUAAAGGUCCAGAGGGCGCCAAUCUGUUUAUAUACCACCUACCCCAAGAUUACACGGACACUGAUCUCAUCUCUAUGUUCUCACCCUACGGUGGAAUCCUCAGUGCAAAAGUCUUCAUCGACAAAAACACUAACCUCAGCAAAUGUUUCGGUUUUGUGAGUUAUGAUCAACCCAUGUCAGCACAGGCAGCCAUCCAGGCCAUGAACGGUUUCUCAGUCGGCACAAAGAGAUUAAAAGUCCAGCUCAAGCGCUCUAAAGAGGCAAACAAACCGUACUAAAGAACGCUCGAUACUUCUGUCCAAGUCAUGUGACGUCUGCCUGUAAACGUUUGCUCGUUGCCCCUGGAAACCAUACCGGUUUGCUAUUUUAUCAUGUGACUAGUUCAACGAACUAUCGUCUGUUUGUCUGUCACAAAGUCGUCUUGUCCUAAGCAGACAAAAAACCUAAGAAACAAUACAUCUAUUAUGCAUUUGGAAUUUCAAAUGUGGUGUAUGCCUUGCGCAUUGUCAAUUUUACCCCAUCACAUUGGACCGUAUAUAAAGUAAAUGCUUUCUUAACAUGUUAACGUCUCAUAACGUCAAUCAAUCGUUGUAUUAAUCCGUCUAUCAUCAAGCUAAAAACCAGGUUUGGUAACGAGAGAAAAGCAGACAUGCUUCAUUACAAAGAAAAUCAGGGAGGCUUUAGCUAGAUGGGUGAUUAACCGACAUCUGUAGUAUUUUCAUGAUCGUAGUUGACCAUUUUUGCGUAACUUUUGCUUGUGCGUGUGUGUUAGAUUUUAUUGGGUCUGAAUCUGAGACUACAGUACCUUCAGUGGAAACUGGAUAGGACCUCAUUGAUGCCAUCAGUUUAGUAGUAUUGUUUGUUUACAAGUUUAAUGUGCAAAAGCAUGGAAUGUUAUGAUUUCUAUAUUCAUUUUCCUUGCGUGUCCCUUUAAGGGGUACACGAGUCAUUUUCUCGUAGUUCAUUCAUAUAUUUGUGACAUGAUUUUCCAAUCGGAAACAAAAACAAGCCUGUGUGUUUUUUUUGGAGUUGAAUGUUUGAAAAAAUAGCAAUUUUAUCAUGAUUAUCAUAAUCGUUUGAUGUGAAUUUCCCCAGCGUGAUAAAACUAUGCGGUCUCAUUUACGUUGAUAUUAAGUUUGUUGAAAACAGGGUGUGCAAAAGUGAUGAAAGUUCUUGUAUGUUUUAAAUCAUUAUUUAUUUAUAAUUAUACCAGUUUCAAGUUUUAAAAAGAAUAAGCGUGUAUCUCCUUUUAGAAGGUACACAGAGUGUUUGAAUAAAGUGCGUUUUUGUGUGUGUUUUAUUAUUGGUGUUCAAAAGAUUAUUGCCAUAAAGUGUGUAGGUUUUUUUUUCAGUGAUUUUUUAAAGAUUAUUUAUUGUUAUUCUUUUUAAUACUUUCCUCAAUCCAGACAUCUUGUAGUAUGGUAUUUGCAGUGUGUUGAAUUUCUAGUUUAAUUGUUGCCGUGUUAAAUUUGCAGAAUAAACAAGAGAUAUUAUGUAAUGUUACCCCCAUUAAAUGUUACUUUACUCAAUAUGCAGUGUAAAUGUAGAUGACUGUACCUAAUAAUGGUAGCAUUCCCCAAGGUGAUGUUUACAUGAUCCAGUAAUCAAAUAAACCGUUGCCAUGGAGAAUCAAGAAGUAAUUUCUCAACUAUUCAAUGAAUGGGGUAGUAAGGAAAAUAUAUGGUAAUUUGUUCAGCAUUUUUUUCUUCUCACUAUCCUUAGUCUGCAACACAAUACUUGCAGGUUGGUGGAUCAAAACCAGGGACCAAAGUCCUGUCAUAGCCAUUGUCAAGGAUAAACACACUUGACCACAUAUGACCCCCAAAAGAGAUAUUACAAUUCAAAUUCACUAUUUUGGUCAAUCUUUGUGUAUAUCUUACCAAGAUUACCAAGUGGGUGCUUGUUAACAAAUACUUGAAGAUCUACAGCUUUACAUACUCCCCUAAGGACAGGUAUACCGAGUGUUGAAGCAUUAUAUACAAAAGAGUCAUUUAUAAUGCACUGUAUAGUGCUCUGUUGUAAGAGCUAUAUUGCCUCUCCAUACAAUGGAUACUACUCAUAGCUUUCUCCAGUUUAUAACACCAUGAAAUUUUACCCAGAAACUGUAUUAGAAAUGCGUCAACAAGAGAGGGCGCUAUCUCCAUCAUGUACUAGCUAUUGGGCCUUAUGUAUUGCUCUUCAGUCAUCUUCACAUCCCCUCUGCAUAUUGAGUGAACUUACUGUGUUAGAAUUUGUGAAGGAUUCAUCCUAAAUGAUAUGUAUUUGUAAUGUGAUUCACAUUUUUGUUAAAGAGGGUAAACGAAUACAAAGAACAUGUUAUCUAACCAAGAAAAGGUAUAGUUUUAUCCAAACCAGGCAAAAAUCCUACUGUUUUAUUUGAAUAUUAAUCAAACAAAAUUUGGACACAGGCUGCCAUCAUUCGGCCAAUAAAUUGUAAUCAGAAAAUUGUAAAUGAUGGAAAGAUAUUGUUUGCUCUUUAUUUUCCUAAUGUCAACAAUUUGCUGCCAUAAUUGUACCCAAGAUAAUAUCUAUUGCCAGGCAAGUACUAUUUAUAUGUAUUCAAGAUUCACUCUGGAGUUCAUAAGUGAUUCAUAGCUCAAAGAAUUCAAUUUUUGUGUGAUUUUGAUGAUUGUGUUUUGGUGCUUUGCACAAGAUUUGAAUUUUAUCAACUGAUUUUUAUUUUUUAAUUUCUCACCAAUUUUAAUUCAAGAAUAGAGAAUAGAUAAUGAUUGGAUAUAUGAAUGCAUUACAGCCGAGAAUCACUGCAAUAAUACAGGGUUGUAUAGUUUGCACCAUUCACUUUCAUAAAAAUUGGACAAAUUACGCUCUUUUUUUAAUAUUAGGACAGGUUUUUAGAGGAAGACACAGUAAUAGGUUAGUCAAACUCACUUGUUUAAUGAGGGCACUUUUACAAGCAUUCAGUUAGAUUUUGAUUUGAAUUUAUUAUCAUAUCUAAGAUUAGAAGCAGUAUGUAUUCACCGACAGUAAUGAAAUGAUUCCCCACCAUUCAUAAUACCAAAAUGACAAAAAUGUACCAUUUUCAUAUAGAAUAUAAGUCUUGUACCCAUGACAAUAUCAAUGGGAAUCAUGAUUGGGGCAUUGCAAUAGGUCUCAGAAUGAAACUAUGACGCUUCAUAUGGGACUAGUUGACAGGAGGUCACUCAAGUCAUAUAUCCAAUCAAAAAGUUGCCUGAAAGUUAUCUGCUAAGUGACAUAAGAAAAGCAAAAUCCACAUUUUGUUUUCGUAGAAUGAGCAGGACACGAAUGCCAGUAUAAUAUCUUUGUUUCUUAAAGACGUUGUAAACCAUCUGUUGUGCGUGAAUGUAGAUUAUUUGCUGUCAUAUCGUUUCGUGUACAGAGUUUUAUGACAAAAAAGGAUGCAAACAUUUGUUGUUUAUUAAAAAAGACUAUAUAAGUGUAGAGUCUAUGUUUUGAGAUAAAUCUAACUUUAAAGAAGAAGUAUUAUGUGAUUUCACUGUAUUCAAUUAUAUUCUGUGACUGUUAAAGAGAUUGUUAGUUUAAUGUUUUUGUGGUAUAAGUGUUAUAAAGAUUAAUGGUACAUUAUUAUGCAUACAAUAUUCAGCAUUGAAUUCAAAUGAGGAUUUGAUAGCGUUCAAAAUCAGACUGUUGUACUUACUGCCAGGGAUGCCAGUUUUCAGACGCCGAUACCUCCCCAUCUCAGACUUUUUUAGGCUUCUGUGGGAGUCGAACACGACAGUUGCUUUUCAGACUCAUCGGCUGAAACCAACUGGUAUCCCUGAUACUGCCUGCUUCAACCAAAAACCAGUCGGUUCAUCGAAAGUUCUUAAGAAAUUGAUUUGGAUUUAAUUACUCCGAAAUGGACUUUGAUAUCAUUUUGAUCUGGAGAGAUAAAGUACUAUGAGCAUCAAUUGAUGUUAAGUUUUAUGACGUGAUGUCCUUGAUUUAAUUUGUGAUUAGAUUUUAAUUUGAACUCCAGGUCUAAUGUAGUCCAGAUGACAAGGAUACAAAUUUCGAUCAAUUCAGAUUUGGUGACAAACAGCAAAUAUAAAGAAAAUGUUUUUUUUUAAACCAAAUUUUAAAGCCAAAAUGCAUACCUACUUUUAUUUUUAUUAUUAAAGGAAACUACAAAAAAUGAAUCUUCAUUGUUUCUACCUUUUACAAACUAGUUUUCAUGAUAGUUCUCUGCAGAAUUGUCACAAACAAGUUUCGUUUCCAUGGAUACUGACAUGUUUUUGAUGUGGUGUUGGAAUCAUUGAAACCAAAAUCAUUUUUAUUUUAUUUUGAUGUUGGUAGUUGAGUUCAUUGGCAAUCUUGUAUUUUAAAACGAUAUUACUGUUGUGUAGCCAAUGAAAGAGGGGGAAAAGAAACCUAUGCAAUUGAGACAUGUUUGAUUUUAAUCGACUAAUAUAUCAUAUUAUGUAAUCUCCAUGGAGAUGACAGAGAAAGAUUAUAACAAGACGCCCAUGAAGUGCAAUUUUUACCGUUAAAAAGCAUGUUACGCGUUGUGUCACGUUGUGUCACGUUGUGUCACGUUGUCUAAUGCUGGCUCAACCUGGACUCCCAGGAAGUAUGUUUGUUUUGUUUCCCGUUUUCCUUGUUUUCAAAGGAAAGUCGUUGAAUAAAUGUGAAACUUAACAUUGAAUCGUUUGCUAAUGUUAAACCGUAGCCCACCCUUACUUCGUUCUAUGUUGGUGUUAUUUGACCUUUGAUUAUUUGACCCGAGAAAUGACCUGUUGUUGACCUGUUGGUUUUACUUGUGUGUUGUACAUUGUAUAAAAGUUGUAGUAUUCUUAGUGCAUUAAUGUUGCAUCAUUCAUCAAUUGUGUAUUCAUUCAUAUUUUAAAAGUAUUGUUGGGUUAAGGGUUUUAUGUCAUGACUUGUUGUUGUUUUAUUUUCCAUGUUGUUCCUUCAGCUUGUUGUAAUUAAGUUUGUUCUCCCCCUUGUAUCAUUAAGUGUGAGGUGCAGAAAGGGGAAAUGUUUGUUGAAGUUUUAUUGUACAUGUUGUAGAUUUGAAAGCAAGAAAACGAUUGUCAUGUUAUUUCUUUUUAAUCAUGUUUGAUUGUACAUGUUAGCUGUGACAGAAAGCAAUUUCUUUCCUCGUUCUUCUUUUGUUUUUCUCUUCUCAUCCGAUCCGAUCUUACCCCUAUGUUUAACAUUCACUCUUAUACUGGGUGCCUGUGAUAUAGUGAAAUAUCCUUCUUACAAGCAUGUUUCGCCCCAAGUUUGUUUCUUCUAUAAAAAGAACCUGCUUUUUUCACUCCUUUUAUUUUUGCUACUUUUAGUUCAUUAUAUUUAGUUGAUAAUUCAGGAAAGCAAUGAAUCGGAACAAAAUUUAUCUUCUAUAUCGAGAAUCAAUGGAGAAUACUGUUGUGCCCUUGCAAAUAAAUAAAUCAAUCCCUUCAAAAUGAUUCAUAGAAGUUCCAUCUGUGUAAAUUAAAUCAUUGAUAAUGCACCAGCGAUAGAUUUUCUCACAAUCUGUUCAAAAUUGUUUUAGAAGGAAAAUCAGUUGCCAACCAAGUUGAUUUGGGGGGGGGGGGGGAGUAUUAUUGCUUCUCAUGUCGCCCUAAAGCAUCACUCAGUUUCUGUAUGGAGGCUAUGUUUUUGAUGAAACGUUUUCAUGUGAAAUGAAGUCAUUCAGUCUUCGUAAAAUCUUUGUUGAAUAGCUCUACAAAAGAGGAGAAGAAAAAAGAACAUACCAAAACCAUUCCAGAAAAGAGAAAUAGGAUAACUAUGUCCAUCCAAAGUAGUUCGAUAUUUCAUGUAAUAUAAUGUAAACUCUUUUCCCGUCGUUAAUAUUUGACAGUAACAUGAUUGUAUCACAGCCGUUUGUUUCUUGGUUUGAGUAACAUAAAUAUUCCAAUCAGAUUACUUUCCUUUUUCAUACGCAGUCAGAAUUUUGUCUAAAAUGUGAUUUUGACUAAGAAAGAUUAUAGUUCCAUUAUCUGAGCUCCUUGUAAGUAUGAUACUUUAAAAAGAACAGGAUUUCGUAUCUGUUCCCCCCACUAUGAUCUAUGUUGUAAAGAUGUAAUUCUUUUCUCUUAUUAUUUCUCUGUUCGUUAUUCUGUCGGCUUCGAUCGUUCAUUCUUUACCCCGCUUUUUGUAUCUGGAAAAGAAAAUGAGAAAUGUUGUUGAAUCGCUCUCUUGUUCUACCCUUGUUUGUGUUUUUGUGGUAUUAUUAAAGGCUAGCUUAGUUAUGUCAUGUAAAA